AGCCACCACCAGCACAGUACCACUCUCCACCAUGUCGUCCAACUCUGCUUCCGGACUCGGCGCGAACAACCAGGCCAUCGGCGAGGGCUCGACCAAGGGCCCGUCGGGCCAGGGCGCCGACUCGCAGGCCGGCGGCCGCGAGAUGAACGACUCGGAGAGCAGCAUGAAGGGCGACACUUCGUCCCAGCCGAACGUCAACAACGAGUACCCCGCCAACGGCGAGGCCGGCGCCAACAUCAAGACCGACAGCGAGUCGGCCAAGUUCAGCGCCGACGGCUCGAGCGCCGCCACCUCGGCCGACCAGUGAGCGCGCGCUCGUUGCGCCCGGGCUUUCCUUUCGGUUCGAGGAGACAGACUGUGUAGAUAGGGACGCAAAGGAUGUGCUCUUUCGUUCGUGCCUCUG